AUGUCUGUGUUACGUCUUCCAAAAGAUGAGCUUGAUGCCCAGGUAUACCGAUAUCUGAGAGAGUCGAACUACAUCGAAGCUGCGGAUGCUUUGAAAGCAAGUAAUCCCUCAGUGGAAAAGGCGGGCCGGGGUCUGAAGUUCUCGGCUCUCAUUGCUGCACCGAAGAAUAUUCGAGAUAAAACUGACAGUGAUGAUGAUGAGCCCGUGCGUAAACCAGCUAAGAGGUCACCAAAGUUUGCUCCCAAGAAACCUAUGCCAGAGUCUGACAGUGAUGAUGAUGAGCCCGUGCGUAAACCAGUGAAAGCAUCACCAAAGGUUGCUCCCAAGAAACCUAUGCCAGAGUCUGACAGUGAUGAUGAUGAGCCCGUGCGUAAACCAGUGAAGGCAUCACCAAAGGUUGCUCCCAAGAAACCUAUGCCAGAGUCUGACAGUGAUGAUGAUGAGCCCGUGCGUAAACCAGCUAAGAGGUCACCAAAGGUUGCUCCCAAGAAACCUAUGCCAGAGUCUGACAGUGAUGAUGAUGAACCCGUGCGUAAACCAGUGAAGGCAUCACCAAAGGUUGCUCCCAAGAAACCUAUGCCAGAGUCUGACAGUGAUGAUGAUGAGCCCGUGCGUAAACCAGUGAAAGCAUCACCAAAGGUUGCUCCCAAGAAACCUAUGCCAGAGUCUGACAGUGAUGAUGAUGAACCCGUGCGUAAACCAGUGAAGGCAUCACCAAAGGUUGCUCCCAAGAAACCUAUGCCAGAGUCUGACAGUGAUGAUGAUGAGCCCGUGCGUAAACCAGCUAAGAGGUCACCAAAGGUUGCUCCCAAGAAACCUAUGCCAGAGUCUGACAGUGAUGAUGAUGAGCCCGUGCGUAAACCAGCUAAGAGGUCACCAAAGGUUGCUCCCAAGAAACCUAUGCCAGAGUCUGACAGUGAUGAUGAUGAGCCCGUGCGUAAACCAGUGAAAGCAUCACCAAAGGUUGCUCCCAAGAAACCUAUGCCAGAGUCUGACAGUGAUGGAGAAGAGGUGCAGCAGAAUGCCAAUGGUAAGCGAUCCAUUGGUGAUGACGAGGAGGGGGAAGACGAGCCUGUUCGAAAGUUUAUUCGAAAUGAAAAUGGAAACGGACGGGGUCGCGGCCGAGGCCGUGAUUUCGGUGAUCGUGGAGGCCGCGGCUUUGGUGAUCGUGGAGGCCGUGGUUUUGGGGAUCGUGGAGGCCGUGGUUUUGGGGAUCGUGGAGGCCGCGGUUUUGGGGAUCGUGGAGGCCGUGGCUUUGGGGACCGUGGAGGCCGUGGCUUUGGGGAUCGUGGAGGCCGUGGCUUUGGGGACCGUGGAGGCCGCGGUUUUGGGGAUCGUGGAGGCCGUGGCUUUGGGGACCGUGGAGGCCGCGGCUUUGGGGAUCGUGGAGGCCGUGGCUUUGGGGACCGUGGAGGCCGUGGCUUUGGUCGGCCAUCUCCUUCUUUCGACAAUAACCGUAAUACCACAAGGUUCGAUGACAGCGAUUAA